CUUGGCAUAAAAGUCUCUCGCUAACGCAUUUCUGCAAAUCUCAUUAUCCUGUUUUAUUUCUGAUAAGAAUUUCACCUUUGGUUACGGUCAGCACAAUAGAUGAAGUUCGGCGACGAAUUCAACGACCGAUCUGUUUCCAAAUGGAGGAACUACAACAUUGACUAUAAUGCCAUCAAGCGCAAGAUCAAAGAAGCCACAACUGCAAUUAAGGACUCGAGCUCAAGUCUCUCGGACAAUGACAGUAACGAUACCGGCGACACGGCAUAUUCGAGAUUUUCCUCAAAUUCCGUACAGGAAAAGAAGAUGAGGAAGCACUUGAAACAAUUGUUCAAGGCUUUCAAGGAGCAAAUUGAGUUUACGUCUCUGUUCGUCAAUUCCAAGUACGGCGAAAUAUCCAGAAGAAUUCUCGCCACUAAGAGUCUACUCAACAAUUUCAUCAACUCGACGCUCGACUCGGACAGUAACGCUAGCGCACUACAGCAGCGUCUUCAAGGAAGACGUUUGUUGCUUAUUCAGAAAGAGCUGGAAAUUCUUUCGGGCGAGCUACAGGAUCUUUCUAGGUUUAUUCUCUUGCAGAAAAUUGCAGUGAAGAAGCUUUUCAAAAAAUUCAUCAAACACAGCGAUUACCCCCACAAACAGGAGCUUGUCGACAAGAUCACCACGGAAUGCCUCAACGGGAACCCCAAUUCGUUUGUCAAUCUGUAUCUCAACGAUGCCGCCUUGGAGCUGACAUUGAUGUUUGACGUGAUCAACAAUUACCGUGCGAAUCAGAUACAGGCGGGUACCAGCGUCGGGAACAAUCACAAGCAGUCAUUUGCCACUGUUGACUCCUUUGGACUGUCCUCUCUCACAGAUGGACGUUCAAAAGAUUUUAUAUAUUCCAGGGCGACCACUUUCGACCUCAUCUCGCACAAAAAAGGCUCAGUGUGCCAGAGAUUUUGGGUUCAUAAGGACAAUUUAGACGAGAUGAAGUUCAAGCUUCUGAGUGGCUUCAAACUUAUAUCUGACGAUUCAGGGAUCAUGGAUGAAGAACACGAACAGGAGGGUUUGGUCCGGCAAUACGAAAAUCAACGUAUGUCAGAGCAAAACUCUUCAGUCCACCUCAAACACACUCGUUCCGAACUUGACCUCACAGAGCACACUGAAGAUUCUGAUACGACUUUCCACCCGGACACCAAAGUCAUAUCCAUUUGGCUCAACAAUCUCGAUGAUCCUUUGGUGACAUCCCAGAAUGGCGUCGGGUUCCUCUCCACGUCAGACAAUUUUCUUUCUGGCGGAUGGGUUGCGCAGGUCUACAACAUGCAGUAUCCGAAUUCCAAGCGGGCUGAAAGGCCGCUCUUGAUCUCUCCUAUUGGUGGUCUUCACCAGUUUGCCAUGAUCAGCCUCAACGACUCGCUAAUCCAUUCUUUAUUCAGUCCGUCAAAACUGCCUGUGGAGGUGUUUAAAAACAAGAUUUUGAAAGAAUGGUGUGAGUCGGGGCUUUUUGGAAACCCUAAGAUGGCUCAGCUAUCGCUUGACUGGUGCAUCGACAAAAAAAUGGUUCCUUUGGCCAAAGUUGCUCUCAACAGGCUCCGAUUUAUCAGCGUAACGGAUACAGACACAUCCCCUAAAGUGGAGUGCUAUAUCACUUUAGAUAGUGACAUCCAGAUUUCCCAAAUUACAUCGCAAAAGGAUGUCAACUUCCAUAUGCCACAAGAAAGUAUCAAUUUCCCUCACUCGAUACUUGAAAUCAAAUACGAUUCCCCGCUCAAAGCUCUUCCGUCGGUCGUGCAGUCUCUCAUCAACUCUCAUCUUGUUUACAGAGUGGACAAUCUAAAUUUCUCACUAAAUAAUUACAUCCUAUCCAAGUUCUACCAGGAUUCACUCACAGACGAGGCCAUGUUGGAAUAUGUCGCUCCUUGGUUCGAUCAUCUACAAAAUAAAGAUAUCCGCAAACUUCCAUCAAUCGCCAAGAAGGCUUCCGAGGAGGCUCCCAAACAAUCAUCACCGCAGGGUAUUCUGUUGAACAAAUAUGAGACACAAUUGCAACAGCAGCAAGAACUCCAGCAGCAACUACUAGAAGGCAAAAGAUACUGGAAUGAGUUUGAUGAUGGCAGCGAUCCGGACGAUGACCAGGGAUACUAUGUUGACGACGACUACGAGCUCUCGGACUCAAGAACGCCAUUUGGCAAUUUUGUCGGCCUCGGAUUCUUGACGUCUUCGAGAAUUGAAGCAAUUUUGAAUUUGUCAAAUAGGAUUUCGAGCAAACUCACGCAUAUCUUCAACUCAUUCAAGCAUGACGAGUCUUCUCCUUUACUUCCAGCGCAUCAGGAGAGGCCGCAUUUUUAUAAAUCAGUGAUCAGCGGGACGUCUCCGUUGGAGAAUGACACAGAGUCCGACACAGACAAUAGCGACCACAAGUUGUUUAUUCACCGAAACGGCAAACAAGUCGAAAACGAGCGCUCGUACCGCCGUCGGCAACCAUCUCUUGUUUACGGCGAAGCUAGAUCGAAUGACCUGCUGGCCCAGGUAAACCAUGAUCGCAUUCUGUCAUUCCUUUACCUAACUGCAAUGCUGGUGUCUUUUCUCACAACCGGUGUUGGGUUGGGUGUCAUUUUCUCAACCCUGGAAUCCGGCGAUGAUCUGGAUCAAACAAGUGGAAUGAUCCUGCUGCUUUGUUUCGGCAUGGGCUGUCUGGUUUUGAGUCUUAUCCUUAGCGGGGUCUCUGUGUGCCUCCUUAUGACUCGUUACAGCAAUGCCCCAAUGUGGCACCAGGCCUCGGUUUACUCCAGUCUCAUCAUUGUCACAAUACUGUUUAUCAUAUCCUUAGUUUCAUGUCUUUAGAAUGCAGCAUCUACUUCAUCAACUUGUGUCCAAACUUUUCCUGUGUGUACUCGGGACCAAAUUCGUGGUACUCCUGUUUGGUAACGGCCACUUUCUCGAAAGCGCCUUUUUCAAAGAAUUUUUGGGCAGCGUGCCACCCAAGCUCGGCGUAGUCGCCCUCCCAAUUGUAAACUCUAACUUCGUCAUCCACGGGGAUCUCCUUGUUGAGCUCGUUGAUCAGUCUCUCCUUGAAUCCUGCCAGGUUACACGUUCCGCCAGUGAUUGCCACAUUUGCGCAUAGCAGUGGACGCAAAAGCUCAGGAACGGACUUGAGCGACUCCUUUAUUGUUAGAAUCAAGCCUGCCUUGUGAACCCCGCUGAUUUCAGGCUGAAACAGCACCUCGGGCACAGCAAAACGUUCGUCGUAUAGCUUUAGAAUCUGUUGGUUCUCGCGCACACUGGCUGACAUAUCCUUAUCUGAAAUUGCAUAGCCAGCCAUCGUUGUCUUGUAGUCCGGCAGGACGUAAUUGGUAGAGAUGUUGUUUGGCUCGUCUAUUAAUUGCUUUGGUUUUAAUUUCUUCAACUUUUCUAUUCUUGCCAGCGCUGCAUAGUAGUCAUCUGUCACAUAGCAAGCUGCUUUUUUGAUGUUAUUGACAAGCACAGGCUCAUCUGUAACGUUGUAGUGUCUAAAAGAGAUUACCUCUCGCAAAUAUCCGUUGAUGAAUCGACCAGCGAUGGGCAUCUUCUUCACAGCUUUCCAGUACGGCAGUCCGUUGAUCAUCGGGACAACGUAGGUUGCGUCGAAGCCACUGUCCACUACAAGUUGGAAGUCGUUGUAUCCCUCAUCUUUGGUGAUCCACGGAAUCACAGACGCCACAGAUCCACGGUAAAGAGACCCCACUCCGUAUUCUUCAAAGAGUACUUGGUCGGUAUUGUUCUGAAACUUGGAGUAUGUGACAGGCGACUCACAGUAUACGAGAUUGGCCCCAUUCAGAAUAUCCUCAUUCUUGUAGUGUUUUACAAAAGACGAGUCCCAUAUCUGUCUUUCAAUGGUCCAUUGAUACAACUGGCCAUGUUCUAUUGGUCUUUUGAACUGUAUACCCGACUGAUCAAUGGCUCCCACAGAGUUAAGGAUUUCCCCCAAAUGUACCUCUUUAUCGCUCGUCCGAACCAGGCAGUUUGGUACGUGAUGAGGUUUUUCCUGGCCCGUGUGUCCUAGCUUUACCUCGUAGGACCCGUUAUCUAUAAUAAAAUUCAUAAAAAGGCU